GUCCCUAGGUAAACAGGCUAAUGUUUUCAGGCAGUUCUUUGUUGACAAAAUUUGUGAAGAACGGGAGGAUAAUAUUGUAAUAGUUUACUAUUAAAGAAUACAAAAUGUUCGGGUUUGGUUUUCUGGAAAUGCCUCGGCCAUUUAAUACACAAUACAGGUGUUAUUCAGUCUCCAUGUUGCCUGGUCAGGAGCGUCUAGAUGUUGAAAAAGGAGGAAAAAUCAUAAUGCCACCCUCUGCCCUUGAUCAGUUGACAAGGCUCAAUAUUGUGUACCCAAUGUUGUUUAAGUUGACAAACCCUAGAGAGGGACGUAUUACUCAUUGUGGAGUAUUAGAAUUUGUUGCAGACGAAGGUAAAAUAUACCUACCUUACUGGAUGAUGCAAAAUCUUUUCUUGGAUGAAGGUGAUUUACUUAAUAUAGAAAGUGCAUCAUUGCCUGUUGCUACAUUCUCAAAGUUUCAACCUCAGUCUGAGGAUUUUCUGGAUAUAAGCAAUCCUAAAGCUGUGUUGGAAAAUGCACUGAGAAACUUUGCAUGUCUUACUACUGGGGAUGUUGUUGCUAUCACUUACAAUGAAAAAGUUUAUGAGCUACGGGUCCUCGAGACGAAACCAGGAAAUGCUGUUUCAAUUAUCGAAUGUGAUAUGAAUGUAGAGUUCGCUCCGCCUGUGGGAUACUCUGAACCUAAGAAAAUUGUGAAAGAAAAUCAGGAAGAACACAUGGAUACCAUUGAGCCAAUAACUUACGAGCCCGAAGAUCAAGGAUUUGUAGCCUUUGCUGGACAAGGAAUCAGGUUGGACGGGAAAGUAAGAAAAGUCAAAGAAGAUGAGCCCCCUCUUAUUAAAGCUAGUUAUAAACGAGGCGUACCUGACUAUGAUUACCAAUUCGGUAGCCUCAAGUUUAUUCGAGCCCCAAAGAAAGAUGAUGACAAAAAAAAGGAAUCUGCUGAAACUUCUACCUUCGAAGCUUUCUCAGGUGCUGGAAAAUCUUUGCGCCAAGCGAAAACAGUUUAAAAUGAAUCUUCUUCCAUAAGUCAAAAUAAACGUAUUUUCUAUUC